UCCAUACAUCUCCACCAAUAGGAUGAUAGCACAGACAUCCAUCACUCCCUUCGUCGCUGCCUCACCUGUCUCCACGUACCAGGUCCAGAAUACAUCCUGGAUGCCUCAUCAACAGUAUGUUAUGCAACCUACUGUUGCUGUGAUAACCCCAGCUAUGGACCUCUCCAUGCCCAUGCAGCCCUCCAGUAUGAUGGGUCCUAUAACACAGCAGAUGAACCACAUGUCCCUGGGAAACACAGGGACCCAGUACAUGUCUGCAGCAGCUGCUCCAAUGCAAGGAGCCUACAUUCCUCAGUACCCUGCAGUGCCUGCCUCCGCCCUCACAGUGGACGCAGUGGUGACAGAGGACUCGCCCCAGACUGUACCCCCCUCCUCACAGGACCCUAACGGACAGCCACCCCUGGACAGCGACUCAGCUGCCUACUCCUACCAACAGACUAAAUAACAGGAGGAUGACGAGCGAUGUGUUUCCGGUAACUGCAUUGCCUUGAGACAGCGGCUGCACUGAAGCACUGGAGGGAUGGAGGGAGGAAAAAUACUGGAUGACUAAAAGGAGGACUAAGAGAGAUCGUUUUAUCUUUGCACAGGCAUCAAAAAAAGACUUUGUUUUAUCUGUCCAGAGAGAGAGAGAGAGAGAGA